AUGGACUUAACUCCUAUUCUUGGGACAGAGUUUGUCGACGCAAGAUUGGCUCAAUGGAUGUCAGCUCCAAAUGCCGAUGCCAUGUUACGCGAUCUCGCUAUCAAGAUAUCUGAGAGAGGUGUCGUAUUUUUCCGCGGCCAAGACGAUUUGACAAAUGAAAUGCAAAAGCAACUUAUGCAACGACUGGGCGAACUGUCUGGCAAACCGAGAACAUCAAGCCUGCAUGUACAUCCAGUAAUAAGCUCAGAGAGGACGCUGGCAGAUGAUUUGGAGAUCAGUGUCAUCAGUACAGAGUUGGGCUCUGGAAGGCAGAUGGCUGCCGUAAAUCCUGGGCAGUGGCAUACCGAAAUUGCUUUUGAACUGGUUCCAGCAGACUAUACUUCAUUACGCCUUACAAAGCUUCCAAAAACAGAUACAAUGUGGGCUUCAGGCUAUGAGAUAUAUGAUAGGAUUUCCCACCCAUAUCGUCGGUUCCUCGAAGGACUAACAGCUACAUUUGCGCUGCCCAGUAUAAAUACAGCGACGCAGCGCCUUGGAAGUUCAUUGUAUGACGGGGCACGUGGGUCUCCCGACAACGUCGGAGCAGAUCUGAAAGCUGUUCACCCUGUUGUGCGGACAAACCCCGUGACGGGAUGGAAGAGCAUUUACCCAAUCGGGCUACAUGUCUCACAUAUCAAUGGCGUCACACCAGAAGAGAGCCAAAACCUGUGUGAGUGGCUUUUGCAGAUGAUCUAUCGCAACCACGACCUUCAAGUUAGGUUCAAAUGGCAGAAUAAGAAUGAUAUUGCGAUCUGGGACAAUCGUAGUGUUUUUCAUGCAGCCACAUUUGAUUUUGAAGGGUUAGGAGAGCGCCUGGGUGAUCGUGCUGUGGGAGUGGGCGAAAGACCUUUCUUUGACCCUAACAGCACUUCGAGACGAGAAUCCCUUAAUUUGCCAAGCUACGUGUGA